UUUAUUGUAGAAAUUUUCGGAAUCAAUGAUUGGACCAUGCAAACUAUAAAUACCUUUUCUUGGAUAAAAAACAAGAUUACUCGAUCCAUUUCCAUAUCGCUCGUGAUAUAUAUAAUAACUCGGUCAUCUAUUUCGAAUGCAUAUCCCAUUUUCGCACAGCAAGGUUAUGAAAAUCCACGAGAAGCGACUGGACGUAUUGUAUGUGCCAAUUGCCAUUUAGCUAAUAAGCCUGUGGAUAUUGAGGUUCCACAAACGGUGCUUCCAGAUACUGUAUUUGAAGCAGUUGUUCGAAUUCCUUAUGAUAUGCAAUUAAAACAAGUUCUUGCUAACGGCAAAAAAGGGGGUUUGAAUGUGGGGGCUGUUCUUAUUUUACCUGAGGGGUUUGAAUUAGCCCCACCCGAUCGUAUUUCUCCAGAGAUGAAAGAAAAGAUAGGCACUUCUUUUCAGAGCUACCGCCCCAAUAAAAAAAAUAUUCUUGUUAUAGGUCCUGUUCCUGGGAAAAAAUAUAGUGAAAUUACCUUUCCUAUUCUUUCGCCGGACCCUGCCACUAAAAACGAUGUUCACUUCUUAAAAUAUCCGAUAUAUGUAGGGGGUAACAGAGGAAGGGGUCAGAUUUAUCCUGACGGAAGCAAGAGUAAUAAUACAGUUUAUAAUGCCACAGCAGCAGGUAUAGUAAAUAAAAUUGUACGAAAAGAAAAGGGCGGAUACGAAAUAAACAUAGCGGAUGCCUCGGAUGGACGUGAAGUGGUUGAUAUUAUCCCUCCAGGACCAGAGCUUCUUGUUUCAGAGGGUGAAUCCAUCAAACUUGAUCAACCAUUAACGAGUAAUCCUAAUGUGGGUGGAUUUGGUCAGGGAGACGCGGAAAUAGUACUUCAAGACCCACUGCGCGUACAAGGUCUUUUGUUCUUCUUUGCAUCUGUUAUUUUGGCACAAAUCUUUUUGGUUCUUAAAAAGAAACAGUUCGAGAAGGUUCAAUUGUCCGAAAUGAAUUUCUAGAUUCGUGUAUUUAUCAACAUCAAGCUUGUACCAAGAAUAAAAUUCUUGUUGACAAUUCUUUGACAAUUUUGGAUGAUCAAUAAAUAAAUUAUGAAAAGGUUGUUUUUUGUUUGUUUUGACUUUUCUUAUACAUCUACGAGAAGUUUGGAAUUACUUGUACUAGAUUAUUAGUUAUAAUAUAUAUAUAUUGGAUUGCGAAAAAGACUAUUUGACUUUUUCCAAUUGAAAUUGGAAUGAUGUCACGAUCUAUCAUAUGAUAGAUCGGAUAUUUCAAUGUCAUAUAGUGUAUCAAAAGUUUUCUAGUCGAGAAUUCAAUUCGACUAGAUACUAGACUAAGCGGGGAAUAUAACGAAAAUAAAAAUGAAGGGAACAAAUGAUUCUAGGGGGGAUUCUUUGCCUUCCUGGUCUUCGACACACGACAAGGAAUUUUACACAUACUUGUCGUGUGUCGAAAUAGUAAUGAGUCUUGAUUCCCUUCGUCAAAGACUUAGUCGAAAUUUUUAUUUUUUUACUUUUAGAUUGAUUAUUUUUUUCUUAUUAUUACACGUAUAAGUAGUGGACAAACUGAAAAAAAAAGAGAGAGGGCAAUUUAUUGAACAAAUGGAACUUCUUGCAUUCUAUUUAAUCGAGAAAAAUAUAGAUUCUAUUGUGUCAUUCAGUAAAUCAAGUGCUUUCUUUUAACUUAACAAUUUAGGAAGGAUCCUUUUUUCAUUUAUACGAAAAAAUUUCUGAUAAUUAAAAAAAGAAUUGAAUGGGACCUCCCCCUUCUUUGUUUGUCUAAUUCGAGGGGGAAGGAAGGUCCCGUUGAGUUCUUAUACUUUCAUAUCUAUCCCUCGAUUCAUCCAAUUACUACAGCGAUGAGCCUAAUCCAGAAUAUGAACCAUAAAAGAAAAUACCUAUUAAACCGAUCACAAGAAUGCCAGCUACAAUACCUAUUAAUGACAGAACAAAAAAUGAAAGAUUUAGCUAAUAGAACAAGGAUAAUCAAAAUCAAAUAGAAAAAAUUUCAAAAGACAAUAUCAAAAAAAAUAUUAGUCCUAACCAAACACGUUAUGGUACUACGAAAUUCAAAUCGCCAAAAAGUAUUGGUCAAAUAUUAAAAAGAAGAAAUGCUCGAUUAAUCCGUAAAUCAAAUUAUAUUUUGAAAUUUUUUAGAGAAAGGAUAUACGUAGAUAUAUUUCUAUAUAUCAUUAAUAUUCCUAGAAUUAAUACACAACUUUUUCUUGAAUCAACAAAAAUUUGGAUUGAUAAAUCCAUUUACAAUAAUGAAAAAAAUCCUGAAAGGAUUAAUAAACAAAAUAAAAAUAUAAUUUCGACUAUAAAAAACCAAAUUUUGCCUUUUCUUAGUAAUAGUAAUCUUACUAAGAAUUCGAAAAUUAUUUCUGAUUUUUCUUUUUUGUCACAAGCCUAUGUAUUUUAUAAAUUAUCCCAAGUAAAAAUUCUUAACUCAUCUAAGUUAAGAUCUGUCCUUCAGUAUCGUGGAAUAUCUUUAUUUCUUAAAAAUGAAAUAAAAGAUUAUUUUGGAACCCAAGGAAUAGCUCAUUCCAAGCUAAAGACUAAAAAACUUACGAAUUCUGAAAUGAACCAAUGGAAAAACUGGUUAAAAUGGAAAAAUAAUUAUCAAUACGAUUUACCUCAGAUAAAAUGGUCUCGAUUAGUACCACAAAAAUGGCGAAAUAGAGUAACUGAACAUUGUGAGGUUGAAAAUAGCAAUUUUCAAAAAAACAAAAGCAAUUCAGAUCAAAAAGAACAAUUAAUUAAUUCCAAAAAUACAAAUAAUUCUGAAAACGAUUUAUUGGUCUUGCCAGAUAAAAAAGAUAA